AUGUCAAACAAGCAACAAAAAAAGAGUAAAGGGCCACUGCUGUUGCUGAACCCUCUUGAUUAUCCUCUCUCGCAAACAGCUCCUUUCUACACAUCACUAUCACCUCUCCUUGCUGCCACCACAACAACGAUUGAAGGAGGUAUAGCAGAGUCAUCAUCAGCUGCAAGUUCUGAUCGAAACAAAGUUUAUUUUCUUCCUUUUUGUUUUACAAACUCACUUCAGUGUCUUUCAACUAUCAAGACCCUCUCCUAUCUAUUUGAUUUUGUGAUUUUAGAACUUGAACAACAAUUCCCUUUAUUAUCACCCGAGGACGAGGAAGAAUUAUUUACAAAACUUCUCGGUACAGAAAAUUUAUCAUCACCAACAUCAGCCGACGAAACUUUAUCUCAUCAACAAGAAAUGAGCGAAACAGAUUCACACCAAAUUCAGUACGAUCACGAAAUUGUGAAAAAGUUUGUUGCCGAACUCAAUGAAACACUCAAGAGAAAGCAAACAAAAACAAGCGGUGUUGACGAAAAAGCUUAUGAAAAGCUGUGGAAUCAAUUAACCAAUCCCAGCUUGGCAACUGUGUACUUGACUGUAUUAUUAGGAAAACUUUUAAUUCUUGAAGAGAAGGCAUUGAAAUUGAAACAAGACUUGACAGAAAACUCUGAAAAUGAUCAAUAUGUUGAUGACAAGGAAAUAUCAUUGCAAGAAGUCAUUGAAAGUCUUCAACUAGGUUCUCAAAAAUAUGACGCUCACAAUCCACUUCUUGCAAAGAGAAAGGAAGUCAAAAAUAGACACUUGGUCGUUCAAGUAGAUGAACGUAUCUCAGAGUUUGUGAAUACAUACUAUGACCUUUCAAAACCUGGAGAGUCCACGACAAGUACCUCUGGCUCAGCUUCCGUCACAUCUGACGUACUCACCAAUGACGAUUUGGAACUCUCCGAUGUCAUUUCCUCUCUUCAAGACAACAAGUGCUUCUCUUUCAACACAAGCUUCUUUUCUGAUGGAGACUACUUUUCAAAGGCCCAAUUGCACGAGAGAUCAGCAAUCAUGCUCUCUCUCAUUUUUGUAUCAUCAUUUUACAAGUUUGAUUUUCAAAAUGCUUCACUCAUGUCUGUUCUCCAACUCUGGAAAAACCUUCGUUUCCAAUGCCAUAACGAUUCCAUAGGAGAAGAGAUUUGUGAAGCAUUAUGCCCACCUGUUGACACUCUGUACAAAUAUAUGCAUGUUUGUGUGGACUAUGAUGUUGUGAAAGAAUCUGAUAUUGCUUUAAGACCAUCCUUGAGCUUGCAUGAUCCACUUACUUCGAUCGGAGCAAUUAUUUAUGAGAGACUCAAGACUGUUGUCUCACACUUGCCCAAGUAUACAGAAAAUGUGCUGAACGAUCUCAUGACAUUGGUCAUUUCCACAUGUUCAAACAAGUCUCUCAUUUCAGAGAGUUAUGAUCCUAUAGCUCUUAAGAAUGUUUUCAAUUUUAUGAAAAUAUUUUUACCACAACUUGUGAUUUCUAGAAAGAGCAAAAAGUUACCAGAGCUCAUGUCACUUUUGCAAAGAUUUUUCCUUGAGCCUCUCCCUAUUGGUGGUUUGUGCCACAAUGUUUUAAGUAUGUGUCUUAAGGAACAAAAUAAUCCUGGAAUUCUCAUGAGAGAACGAUUCGAGAAUAGUGUACAACGAGUUGUUGUGAAAGGAAAGAGCAUCAUGAAGAGAAGAAAGGUUAACAUUCUUUUCAAUGGAUUUUCUCACUCUGCUGAUCAUUUGAUGGAAAGAGUUGACAUGAGUAAUAAUUUUGCUGAGGACGAUAUUAUUCAAUGCAGAGCUAAUUUGGUUUUGAACAUUUUUGACGAGUCUGCAAACUCAGAGGUCAAGAAAAUGUCAAAAGAAUUGGAAAAGCUCUCGGCAAAUGCCAUUUCUGAAUACUAUGACGAAGUAUGUGCUGCAUAUGCAGAGGAGAGCAAGCUCUUGAACCUUGCCAAGCAAAUGCAAUCAUUCAAAGCAACAGGUGAGGUUUACAAGUUGGUAAGAGCUCAAGCUCCUAAAUUACCCGAUGUUGAGGUCGAUCUCAUUGUCAUGCCUGAAGAGGAUGAAUUGACUAAACUCAAGAUGGAGAAGAAGAUCUUUCCUCGCUCAUGUUAUUACGACAAGCUUGAAAUGUUGAUUGAGAAUGCUCGUAAGGAAGCACCUCAAGACGCAGAAUCUGUUCAAAUUGAUGUUGCUGUUGCAGGAGGUAGCGGAACUUUGCAUCGCUUUGUUCACUCUCUCUUCUUGGCACACAAGAAUAACAUUUUCAAGACAAAACCAGUUGUGGACUUGAGAGUAUACUUGUUGCCACUUGGUAUUAACAACUAUCUCUCCAGCUGGCUUGAAAAGUACGAUGGAUGGUAUUCGAGACAUGUAUUCUAUCCUCUUCUUUGUAAGAUUCCUGUAUUACCACACUUGUUCUCAUUCAAUAGAACUACAGCAGAUGACUUUUUUGAUAAGAGAUCAGGUAGAUCUUAUUCCUCUGCGAGAAAAUCAAGUCUUUUUGUUCCUCACAUGAAAUUGAGCAAGAGAGAUCUUGUUAAAACCACCGAAUACAAGCCAAACAAGAAGGUCAAGACUCCGCACAAGUUCAUGAGAAGUCUGUUGAAUGACUAUUUUAUUGAUGGCAACGUCUCUUAUCCAGUUCACAUUUACAAUACACAAUGCUUGACCAACGAAGUCAUUAUCAUUCCCUCUGGUACUCAAGAUGCUCAAAAAUCCAAAUCUACCAAGACCAAGGAAUUUAUUUCAUUAUCGUUCUGUCAACGAUUGGAUAUUGGUAUUUUGGCAGAGGCUCACUUAUUCCAACGUGAGAACAAGAUUGAAGCUUCAAGCAUUGAAGAGAUUUUGGAUAACAAGCAAUUCAAAUUUACAGGUACCCCACUCACUGUCAGCUAUAUUCCAAUGGAUCCUACUGGUGAAGAAAACCGUGCAGCUGAAAUUCAAGAACCUGCCAAGACGUACAAUUCAAUUUCAAUUCAAUCGUGUAGCUUGUUUGGAGACAGAGGUUCUCUUGUCGCUCCAAGUCAGCCUUGGUUAGAAGUAUUUGUGGAAGAGACUGGAAGUAAGAAGAAGAAGAAGAUGAGAGAUUGUGAUGUUGGAACCAAUUAUCAUGUCGGUUCUGUCACUAUUGAAAGUUCUACCUUCCAACAAUUUUCUGUUCUCAUGGAUGGUGAAUUGCAUGGCCCGUUCCACAAGGUGAUUAUUAGCGUCCCACAACAGACAUUUAAAUUGCAGACAUUUAACAAUGUUGACAUUUAUUGA